UACGACUUGACCAGUCCCCGGGGAGGAUGUGUACGAAAGGUCCGUGACCAGUCCCCAGCAGGACACGGGCCCCUGACAGCCAGCUGGCCACCUGUGGCCUUUACUGCUGCCUCCGCCACGCUUGUGUGGCCUCUUGUGUCGGCGUGGCUCCUCUAUACACAACAUCCCACAGCUCUAGUGGGCCUAGGCCCACACAGUCAGUCCAGCUUCCCACAGGGGACCGUAGGCCUACAUAAGUCCAGCCUCCCACAGGGGCCCAUAGGCCUACAUAAGUCCAGCCUCCCACAGGGGCCCAUAGGCCUACAUAAGUCCAGCCUCCCACAGGGGCCCAUAGGCCUACAUAAGUCCAGCCUCCCACAGGGGCCCAUAGGUCUACAUAAGAAGUCCAGCCUCCCAUAGGUCUACAUAAGAAGUCCAGCCUCCCAUAGGCCUACCCUACCAGCCAGGAAGAUGAGUCCUGCGGGCGUGUUGCGGUGUAUGAGGGCGGCCACAAGCUGGCCUAGGCAGAGUACCUUCCUCACAGGGAACCUCAACAUACCAGGAGCCUGUUGGGCACAGCUGGGAGACCUGAGCCGCUGGGUUAAGCACAGAAGUCUCUUCAAUCAUGCCGUUAAAGAUUACGUUAGACUUAAAUACAAGGACCUUAAGGUCAAUUCCGGAUUUGGUGUUCUCCAGGCAAGAGGAACUGUGGAUUUUCUUAUAAAACCUACAAGUGUACAGGAGUAUCCUGAUGCAGAUCGAGCAUUUAUUAGCAUCUAUGGACUACCUACUGUCUCGUGUGAUGACAUUAAUAUUGAACUAACAGGAGAACUGAAAGACACACUCACAGUUACAGCAUCUCCACAGUCGCCAAAGAUGUUCUGUGAAGUACAAAUUCCAAUUAAAUAUGAUCUGGAUGUUAACUUGUUUCACCAGGCCAGUGUUCAGAUCCUGGGGAUAGAGGCUGAUGAAGUACAUUUGUCUACUGAAGAGGGUGAAGUGAACACUUGCGGGCUUAAAAGUCACAACAUUCAUAUUAACACUGAGCACGGCAACAUUACCUCUGAAGGGGCUAUACAAGGCAACCUUUUCAUCAAGGCAAAAAAAACACACAUUAAGGCCAAAAGACUACAAGGACUCAUGUUAAAUAUAGAAGCAGAGGAGUUAAGCACUGCAAUAGAGUCUUCAUAUAUGAACGAGGGUCAAAUAUCAGCUAAACAGGGAGAUGUCAUUAUCAACAGUCUUCAUGGCUUUACAGAUUUUUUAAUCAAAGAAGGGCGAAUUUCUGUCACUGGGUUUCACGGACAACUUUCAUGUUUUGUCGGAUCGGGCGAAGUCGAUAUUCAAGUCACUGACGUCACUGCAAAUUCCACACUUCACAUAAAUGAGGGAAGCUUGGUGCUGUCAGUUCUUGAGAAUCCCAGGCACGACCUAGACGUGACUGCCCAGUCCUUGGAUAUCAGCAAGGAGAUAAGUUCAGCUGGCAUUUUAUCUAACAACAAUCAGACUUUCAACUUGAUAAGAAAAGACAACUCUGAAGCAAGCACACUAAAAGCAACGGUAUUAAAUGGUUCAGCAAAAGUAAAAUGCCAAGACUGGUUUUCAUCACUAGGGAUAAGAGUGGACACGUGAUAGCUAUGGAAAUAAUGGGCAGACAUCAAAUAUAGGUGACGUGAGGAGGUGAUUGCGCUGAGGAAGGCAGUUCACCUUGGGCAGUCCAGAACUCCCGACUUGGUCCUGUGAGAGGACAAAGUGGCCGCCGUCGGUAGUAGCAGUGUGUUAACUGCUGGAUGUAUGUAAUGUUGUAUGGACUGACGUACCCAGGAUUUGGCAAAGAGGCCAAAUCUCGGGUACAGCUAAUGUGUUGUUAGAGACUUCUGCCAGGGUGUUAGCUACCCCUGUACGUGACUAUUUGAGACCCUUGUCAGCUUGUUGCUGAAGCGCUCUGCGAGUGUUUCUGGAGAGCGGGUGUGGGGUAUUGGGACAUCGUGAGGAUACGAUGUGUUGACUGGCCUAUGUUGAAGGUGAACUCGCCGGUGAUUGCCAUUGAACGUGGACGACGUAUAUGUGAAGAUAGUGGACUCACUGAGACUUGAUGAACACUGCAGAUCUAUUGAGUGUCCUGAGUGAAAGCGACAUAGUGUAAAUAUGUGUAGUUAUACUUGGAUAUACAAUAUAUAUUGUUGAAGGUGAUAA